CUUCGUUUCGCUCAGUCGCGUCCGCUACGUCGCGUGUGGUGUAUCUAGAUUGUCGUACCUGCACCUGUAACAGAACGGUGGUGUUGUGACAGCGAGUGUAUGUGCGAUGCUCGGACGGUGAUCGAAGCAUGGUGAAUUACGUUAAUCCGCUCGCCAUGUACCAAGGCAAGGGCGGGCAAUACGGCAGCGGCUGGUAUGGCUGGCAGCACCAGAACUUCGAGGAGCAACAGUGGUGCGCAUGGAACGGAGCGCCCGCGGGUGGAGAAUGGGCGCCGGAUCCUCAUCACUUCCCGAAGCGGGAGCCUGGGGAGCGGGAGAUCGCGGACAUGCCGUCCCCGGCGCGAGGCGACCUCGCCAGCCCCAGCGAGAGCUCCCCCGGCUCACGACCAGCGCAACCACCAGCCCCGCCGCGCUCACCAUACGAAUGGAUGAAGAAACCUAACUACCAGACACAGCCCAAUCCAGAAGAUGACAUUGUUGCAGGUAAAACGCGCACGAAGGACAAAUACCGCGUGGUGUACAGUGACCAUCAGCGGCUGGAGUUGGAGAAGGAGUUCCACUACAGCCGGUACAUCACCAUACGACGUAAGGCUGAACUCGCGGUCAGCCUCGGACUCUCGGAGCGACAGGUAAAAAUAUGGUUCCAAAACCGACGCGCAAAGGAGCGCAAACAGGUGAAGAAACGCGAAGAAGUUGUGAUGAAGGAGAAAGGGGAUCACGCGUCAUUACAGCACGCGCAACUGCACCACGCCACGAUGCUGCAUCACCAGCAGAUGAUGAACGGCAUGAUGCAUCAUCAUCACUACCAGAACGUGCUGCAGGGAGUGCCCGAGCCGUUGGUGCCCGGCGUGCCGCCAGUACCGCUGCUGUGACCGCACCAGCCUUACUGUGCUCACAGUGAUAACUUCGCGUACUGACAUUCCUCGGUGUCCUCACACCGCCGCUCCACACACUGAACAAUGGCCCCGCGAGGGCGUCGCAGUGUAUGCAUACGACUUCGACGAAUGUGUGAUAAAUUCAGUGCAAUCUUGUGGGAUAUGUAAAUGCGUGUCGGACUUCAACAUCAAUGUUAAAACUUUAUAAUUAAUACUCCUGGGUACUACUCGGUUAGUUACCUGACGGCUGUAAGCGGAGACACUUAACCAGCUUUCUGGAGUUAAGGCUUUUUCUUUAAUGAGAUACUUGUCACUUGAUACGUUUCAUUCGUCUUGUACAAUCACCAUUACUGGAAAAGUCGUGACACCAGAAACGAUUACCUAUGUUUUGAUUUAGUCCUAAUUCUAGUUAACUAAGUGUUCACGCCUUAUAGUUAUUUCAGUACCUUUUCUUUUAAACGGUACAGAUUAAUGUAAUGUAUUGAAUUUUGUCACUUGACUGUAAAUAUAGACAUAACUAUAUUUUUAUAUUAUUAUUACGAUUAAGUAUUAUUAAAUUGAUUAUUUUUAAACGGUUUAUUUAUUUCUCAAUGCUGCAAGUGCCUUUCCAGUGAUUUAAAUUAAGGUGGUUGUAUAUUACUAAAGUAUGUAUUAUUAAAUAUUUAAUUUGUAUAAUGUAAUAAUUAUUAAUUCAAUUUUAUGUAUUGUUUUCCAUAGAUAACGAUACAAUUUUGUAUGUUAAUUUGAUUUCAGUUAAGUAAUUAACUUUCAUUGCGAAUCUCAUAAGAGUACGAAUUUACGUACGGCAGUGAAAAGUGCUUUUAUAUGUACUUAUUGUGUAAUACCAUCCUCGCAUUUGUGGCCUUGAGAAGUAGGUGCAUAGUUUUUACGUUGAAUGAGAUUAUUCCUAGUUUUAACAGUUCUGUAAAUAAUAGCUUAAAUAUUAGAAUAAUUUAUUCUUAUGCCAAUUUCUAUAGCAUUACACGAUAAAGAAUUAUCACUCAAUUCACAAACGACAAUGCCUUGGGAAAUAAUGUGUAUGGGGGUAAAAUCAUAGUGAAGGGGUUUAUUAUAAUUUUGAAAGAAUUAAAGCUACAUACUAUUGAGUUGAUUUGUUAAAUGCUGAGUUGCGAUAUAUUAUUUAUUGAUUGAUACAUGCCCAGUUCGAGGAAGUAACGUGAUCGUUUAUCGUUUUGUUUUGUGGUAAUAGUUAUAAUAUUGUGGUGCUAACAAUAUUCAUUUUUGUUUGUAUCAUUAUAAUUCUCUGUUGGACAUCAGUUUACAUUGUGUAACGUAAAUAAAUUGGUAGCAUUUGUGCUUUAUGUAUUAAAGGUUGAUGUUUGAGAAUCGUUUGUGGACACAUGAUUUGUUAGAAUUUACGCAGCACUAUCACGAAACACAUUUGAUAAACUAAAUAAAUUCAUGUUAAUCUAUA